CGAACAAACUAAAGCGCAAUUUAAAACCCCCAGCGUAACAAAAACAACGACCCACCUCUUUCAAAGAUGCAGGCCUUUUAAAAAUAAACUACGGUCAAUUGUAAGUUUAGUCAGGUGUACUAGAUCUCAGGAAGUUGCUCCUAAAUUGGUCCGGGAAUGCGGAAAACAAUGUAUAAAUACGGAGUUUUAGUGAUCAACUUUCUCCUUGUAACAGUGACCGUAGGUGAUCCGGACGUAUUUCCGAGCGACGAAGAUUGCUCCUUCGUAAACUGUAGGAGCAACCAUACAAACCAUACAUGCUGUUCUAAUGAUGCUCACAAACCUGUCGUCGACGAUACUUCCAUAGCGAGCACCACCGCCGCCAUUUUCUUUGUUGCUGUGAUCGGCUCUUUGUUGACCGUGAUCUGUAUGAUGUUUUUCUGCAUGAACUGUGAAAAGAUGUGCAACCGUCUCUACAAAAAAGGGCAUGCAUCAGGUCAAAGGUCAUCAGUUGACACUGUAUCUGCCGCAGUGCAAACGAACUCUGAGGCCUCUCCGCCUCCAUAUGCUGUCCUGGAUCUGUAUCAGUGUCCGUGUACUUUAAUGGAGGACGGCGUCGUGUUUGAAAUGCACAUUCCAAGAUGUCCGUCGUAUGUCAAAGACCCCCCUAAUUACCUGGACGCGAUACAGAGUGACGAAGUUACGGUGACAGUACAAAACGAGACUGAGGAAAAUGAUACAGCGAUCGAAUUUUCAGUAGAUUCGAGUGCUGUUGCGUGAUAUUUGCAAGGAAAAGCUGUCAGUAAUUUUUUGAUAAUUAUAUUUUUUUUAAUUUUAAAUUUAAUUAUUUUUUUUCAAUGUCUAUCUGACACUAUCUUUUGUUGGCCACAUGUAUAUUAUUUUUGAUAUUGUUGUUUGUUUUUCCCUCCUUGAAAAUGCUAAUAUUCAUUUUUUCAAUGAAUUUUCUUUUUAUAUCAUUCAUUACUGAAUUGCUUACUUUUAAAAAAUCCUAUAUUCAAAAUCCGAGAUUUUUUCAUGACUGCACGUGCAUGUAUAUCGUUCUGAUAUUAAUGCCUUUGAUACGAAACACGGAUGCUGAUGUUGUUCUCAUUUUCAUAUGUUGGUUGAUACCAUAUCAUCAACUUUUUAUUCAGGGUAAAUUAAUCUAUUUCUUGAAUACCGGUACAUUGUGUACAUGUACAUAGAAUUGUCAUUAUAUGGUAUAAUAAACAUGUAAAUACUGGAAGAACAUUUUUUUGGAAUUUGUUAUAAUACUCAUUCUUAAUGAAUGGAACGUAGUUUAGAAUGUUAUUUUAUAUUACCGAAUUUUAUAUGCAUACUGUAAAGCUAUCCUUCGUUUAACAAGGGUUUUAUAAGGUACGAUUAUUUUACAUGUCAAAUAUCAUGCACACAUAUAUUUUUAUACAUGUAUAUAGAUGUUAAAAUGAUUGUGUUUUUGUACGAAAAAUUGACACAGCGUGAGUGUAUUAAAAUAUAGUAAAUUCAUAGCAUGUUCAUAAUUAUGCGAAUAUUUCUAUGAUACAUGUAAAUGCCUUUACAACUUUGCCUUGAUGGGUGUGCAAUGAUACGUCAUUUUAUCAGAUUAAAUCUACUAUUCAUGUAUAUAUUAUAUGCCGAGGAGAAGCUAGUUACACGAAUGUAUAAGUACUUA